AUGUGGCCACAAGCCGAGGAGCACCUGGAGCCCCAGGGGCUGGAGCAGACGUGUGGGGCCCUGGGCCGCUUGGCUCUGCUGUCCGUCGCCCCUGCGGGGGGCGGUGAGGGAGUGCGGCGCGGGGCCCAGUCACUGGCGGACGGCUCCGCCCCCUCUGGGCUGGGAGAGGUUCUCGGUGCCCAUCCGAGCGCUGGGUGCUGCUGCCUCCCCAGUCUCCCAACCCCGGAACCUGCCCCCUCCCUGCGGGACAUUUCUACUCAUGCAAACGUGCAGAGCGCCCACCGCAAAGACGGCGUCCUCCCUGCGCGUUGUAUUCAGGAGUCUUGGGCCACCUACGGGCUCUGGGGCUGCGAUCCAAAGCCCGACCUGAGGCUGGUUCAGGAGCUGGAGUUGCGGCUUCCCUCGGGCAGGGAAGAGAGGUGGGGCGCAGGGGUGGGGCAGGCGGGACGCGGCUCUUGCCAGCUUUACGGCGGAGGCUGUGGCCCUCGCGCUGCUCGCGGAGGUUGCAGCCAUUGCACCGCCGAGCAUCCCACAUUCAACGGGAGGAACCCGCCGGAGGCGAGCCCGGAGACCCGCGCCGCAGCCGCCGCAGCCCGUGCGCCCCGCGUCCCCCGCACCUUGGCCAAGGAAGGCGUGGAGAAGGCGGAGGGGACGGAGCAAAUGAUCGAGAAGGAGGCAGGCAAGGAGCCGGCGGAGGGCGGCGGCGCCGGCGGCUCUCACGGCCUCGGGGACGCCCCGGAGAUGCGCUCUGCGGUGCUGGCCGGCUUCGGGGGGCUCAGCAAGCUGCGGGUCACCAGGAAGGCCAUGCCCGAGCCGCAGGCCGGCGAGCUCAAGAUCCGCGUCAAAGCCUGUGGUUUAAACUUCCUGGACGUGAUGGUGCAACAAGGGAAUAUCGACAACCCUCCCAAGACUCCCCUGGUGCCGGGGAUCAAGUGCUCCGGGAUUGCUGAAGCUCUGGGGGACAGCAUGAGAGGAUAUGAGAUUGGGGACCAUGUCAUGGCAUUCGUCAAUUACGAUGCCUGGGAAGAGGUGGUCUGCACGCCAGUGGAAUUUGUCUACAAGAUCCCAGAUGUCAUGAGCUUCUCUGAGGCUGCUGCAUUCCCCAUGAACUUGGUCACAGCCUACAUGAUGCUCUUUGAAGUUGCCCGCCUCCGGGAGGGGACGUGCGUGCUCGUGCACUCGGCUGGCGGCGGUGUGGUUCAUCCAAUUUGGUGACUGGAGAGACCAAGAGCUUCUUUAGCUUUGCAAAAUCAGGGUGGCAGGUUGAGAAAGUGAACCCCAUCAAGCGGUACGAAGAGAACAGUCAUCGCGGGGUUUUCCCUUGUAAAUGUGCUCUUCAAACAGGGCCGUGCAGGCCUCAUUCGAGGAGUGGUGGACAAGCUCAUCGGGCUCUACAACCAGAAGAAGACCAAGCCCGUGGUGGAUUCCAUGUGGGCCCUGGAGGAGGCAUGUUUCAAAGGCCAGUAGCCACACGUGGCCAGAGGUUCCCCUGUGGGACCACGCAGACAUGCAAGACGCUCUCAUCUGGGCAGGAGUCUCCUGAAGCUGGUCGGUGAGACGAUGUCAUCCUUCUGUUUGAAG